CAAUUUGUAGCUUGCGCAAUUGGCUGAUUAAUUGAUUAGAUAACGCAAUUUCAUUUGGAAGCAACGAUCGACGAGUGUGUGAGAUAGUUACAACGGUAACGAGUUGAGUAAUUCAAGACUGAAAUCACGAUUAGCUAGCUGAUUGUGGCUUUAUCUAAGGAGGAAUAUAUUGCUGCUCUAUUGACAUAAAUAUAUUUUAGUCGUUAAACGAUAAGGAUAUACGUCAUGCCUCACAAACUUCAAAGCGAGAAUAUGUAUGAAGUACGGGGAGUUUAUGCGAAUCAGGAACUUCUGUUAUUGAUAACGAAGAUGAUUGGUAAGGAAGUACUGCUUGAAACCCGUGAUGGAUUGACAUUUGAAGGAAUAUUUGCAGGUUGCUCUUCGAAUUUCGAUGUUGGCUUGAGAUAUGCGCAUGAAGUGCUCACAGAUGGUCAAAACUUGUUACCUCAUAAAGAUCAAGUCAUCGAGAAACUUCAGAUUGAAAGAGAUUGUGUUUAUAGUGUGGGAGCAAAAUAUCGGGACGAAAAAAGGAUUGAAGGAUUUGCUACGGAUCGUGAAUAUGCGGAUCAGAGCGGUUCUGUGGCAAAUAUGGAGCUACAGGUUUGGGAAUCCGAAGAUGAUUUUGACAAUGGUCUUCUAUUAAACGAUGAUCAGGAAGAUGGUUGGUCUGUUGAACAAAUGUUUCAGGCGAAUGAUGUUCUGGGGGUCAAAAGCACAUUUGAUGAGAAUAUGCCCGAAUAUGCCACGGCUGAUGUGCAGGGUGACGCAGAAGAUCUUAAGCGGGCGGAACGGAUUGCACAAGAAAUCAAUAGCAGCAGCGCAAGCAGAGCACGCGCACAGCUGGAAAAUGAUGAUGAAGAGCGUGAUUUGGAUAGGGAGACAUCAGAAUUGCAAAUUCGUAGCCGGAAAUCAUCAAGCGCGGGACGUGGCAGCUAUUCAGGGAAUAUUCGAGAUAGAGGUGGCAUAAACAUAAACAGAGGGCCACCGAAUGGUAGACGGUCGGAAGGUGUCCUAGGUACAGGAAGAGGGCGUGGAUCAUAUGGAUCCGGUGGCGGCUCAUCACGUUUAUUUACAAAUUCGUCAAUGGGUCAUGGAGUACGGCCUCAAAAUUCAGUUGGAUCAGGACCCACUUCACGUUAUGCACCUAGUGGAAUCUUGGAGCGACCGACGGCGCAGGAACUGCAUCUGCAGUUUGGCCAAUGGGUCCGACGUGGUGAAAGUUCAGGCUCCUCUUCAACCACAGACAAUAUAAGAAGUGGGCGACGAUCGGAACAAACUGGAAAUAAUAGAGUUUAUGAUCAUCGUUUGGUGACCAGUCAACAUGAAGGACAGCCUCCACGAGAGGAAAGUAAGAACUUGAAUUGUUCGAGUACAUCAAAUGGUAUGGGUAACGCUUCGCGACAGCAAGCAUCAAAGCAAACAGAACGGGUCAGAAAUUUAAAAGAAUUUCAUCAGAAUUUCAACAGUACUUUCCAGCCAUCUCAUUCUGUGCAUAACAGUACAGAUGUUCAGCGUGCAAACACUGUGCAAGGAACAGUGACAUCUACAGUAGCACCAAGGCCUAUUAAUAAUGCUUGGAAUAAGGGACCUCCUCCUGGCAUGCGAGCUCCAUCUUCAUCGACGCAGAUAGCCCCAAGUCAUCAUCCAGAAAUUUCAUCUGCCAGAGAUGUGGAAACAUCAGUAUCUGUGGCAGCAGCAGCGAUAUCGUGUCCACCAUGUUCAGAUCAACGAUCACAGCAAGCAAUCGUUAAGACUCGAGGAUCUGCACAAACAACACUUACUUCUGGUCGCUCAGGGGCAGGACCAACAGAUGUAACACUUACAGCAGUUCCCGAAUGUCGUCCAAAUAAGCCAACAUCAUCCACCGUUCCUGGAUCCGAUACGAUAUCGCCUAAUAUAGAAACGGGAGUUGUGGUUUUGGAUACACAAACUGCGGCUACGCCUGUUACACCGCGGGAAAUUCAACAAACCCGUCAGUUGUCUGCAGCAGCAUCAUCAUCAUCCAUUGCACCUACAGAUCCAACACCUAGUGCUGCAGUUGCUGAUGCUGCAAAGACAACUGCAGCAAAUUCUGUGACGGCUGCAUCAGAUGGGAAGCAUUUCGUUUGGAAUCCGGAUGCACCGUCAUUUGUACCCCGCAAUUUAACGAAUUGCCGCAACACUGAACCACAAAGUUAUCGUCCAACGCUACAUAGCGUUCGAACACCUCCCGCUGCGCCACUACCGCUUAUGUCAACACACAUCGCAGCACCGGGACAAAUACAAGGUUUGGCUCUUGCCAAUCCACAAGCUUUAUCUGUUCAGGCUAAUGGACAUCUUCGGUUUUAG